AUGGCUUUGCUCAAGAUAGUUUAUCUUGGGUGUUUUAUUUUGUCUCUGGCCAUCAUGGUGGAGGCAACGACUCCUCCAGGAAUUGCCAACCAUCCAGCAAGAGCAUCAUGUAAGAUCAAAAAGUACAAGAUGUGCUAUAACUUAGAGCAUGUUUGUCCUAAGUUUUGUCCUAAUGGUUGUGAAGUGGAAUGUGCUUCGUGCAAGCCCAUUUGUACUCCAGGAUCAUCAAGCGGCGGCGACACAAGAUCAUCACCACCAGAGUAUGUUUCACCAUCGGAUGAUGCACCUUCAUCUGAUGCGGGAUCAUCACCACCUGAAUAUGAUUCGUCUUCGCCUGAUGUAGAAUCAUCGCCACCUAGAAAGGGUUCACCUUCGUCCUCUUCGCCAUCAUCAACGUCAAAAUCACCACCUAAUUAUGAAUCACCUCCAUUGGGUUCAGACAGUGAUAAUAAUGAUCAUUCAGAUAAUGAUGACUCGAAUGGUAAAAAAGGAGGUGGUGGUAAAAAAGAAGAUGAUAGUGGAAAAGGCAAUGAAGAAGAUGAGCAUGAUGGUGGUAGAAAAGAAGACAGUGAGGAUGGAGACAACCAUGAUGAGGGAGGUAAAAAAUUAGACGAUAAAAUAAAAGGUGGUAUAAAAGAAGACAAUGAUGAUAAAGAAGAAAAUUCUAGAAAAGGUGGUCAAAAAAGAGAAAAUGAUGACAAAGGAGGUAAAAAGAUUGAUGACGGGGGUAGAGAAGAUAAGAAAGGAGGGUAUGACGAUAAAGAAAGUCAAAGCGGAGAUCGUAACGAUGGUGAAAAAAAAGGAGAUGAUGGAGAUGAAGGUAGUAAAAAAGGAGACAAUGAUGACAAAGAAGAUAAAAAGGUUAACAAUGAGGACAAAGGUGGCAAAGAAGGUAAACAAGAAAAUGAUGACAAUGGUGAUAUAAAAGAAGGCGAUGAGAGAGGUAAUAUGAUAGGAUAUGGUGAUGAAGAAGGAAAUAAAAAAGUAGAUGACAACAACAAUCAAGGUGGUGCAAAAGGAGAUGAUAAUAAAGAAGGUAAACAAAAAAAUGAUCACAAUGAUGGUAAAAGAGGAGGUGAUGAGAAAAAAGGUGAGGAAAAAGGAAAUGAUAAUGGCAAAGGAAGUAAAGAAGUAGACAAUGAUCACAACAAAGAUGACAAAAAAGUAGAAGGUAAGGAUAAAGAAGAAGGUAAAAAAGGAAAUGAUGAAAGCGGUGAUAAAAAUAGGAAGAACGAUAUCAAAGGGGAUAUAGACAAUGAGGGAAAAGACGGGAAAAAAGCAAAAGACGAGGGAAAAAAUGAUAAAAAAGGAGAUAAUGAGGGGAAGGAAGAUAGAAGAGGAGAUGAUCACGAAGGAGAACAACAAGAUGACAAUGAAAAAAAAAGAGAUCAACAAGAUGGCGACGAGAAAAAAGGAGAUAAGAAAGGAGAUGAGAAAAAAGGAGAUAAGAAAGGAGAUGCUAAUACAAAAAGGAGAUAA